AUGGUUGGUAUAAAUGAUCGUACGAUUGUUGAUGCCCUUCAAGCGUUAGCACAAGCUAUGAGUAACAACAAUAGGGUUGAAGUCGCUCCUAACUGGUUGGAGCAAUUUCAGCGAAAUCAUCCACCUACUUUCAAAGGAGGAUAUGACCCAGAUGCUGCGAUGAAUUGGCUAAUGGAGAUUGAGAAGAUUUUUAAUGCCAUAGAGUGUCCUCUCGCUCAGAAGGUGAGGUUGGCUACCUUCAUGCUGACUGUUGAUGCCCAUUUUUGGGUGGAAGGAGCACUUCAGAGGAUGAUUGAUGGAGAAAAGGAAGUGGAAUUCCUCGAGCUGAAGCAAGGAAAUGAUAUAGUGGUAGUGUAUGCUGCAAAAUUUGAUGCUUUGGUUCGCUAUUGUACUCACUACCAUGGUGAGGGUGGUGAAAGAGCUAAGUGCAUUAAGUUCGUGAAUGGCCUUCGUCUUGAGGUAAAGACAGUAGUCAAUUAUCAAGAGAUUUAUCACUACCCAACGCUUGUCAACAAGAGUAGAAUCUAUGACCGUGACAACCGUGCACAUGCUGCUUUCUACAAGGGAGUUGGAGGUCCUAUGCGUGCUUCGAAUUCUGGUGCUUCGGGUAGGAGUAAACCUUACUAUGCUCUUGCCAAGUUUCAAGGAAAUCAUGCUAGAAGUAGAUCUGUUGCUAGAAACUCUUUCGUGAGUGGUGCUGCUAGUGUAGGAGGCUUUGUUUCUACACCUAUUAGUUGA